AUGACCUAUUCGUCACAAAUUAACGAAAAAUGGAUGAAAGAACGCCACGUAAGCAGGUUCUCCUCAACCAACCAACCAGCAUUUAUGGAAGUUGCAAGUGGUGGGAUUAUCUAUGGUGGACGACCAAUAACGAAACUUUUGGAUGAUCGCGGGAUGACAAAAAAAAAACCAUGUCAAACCAGAAGUGGAAGGAUAAUCACGAACCAAGAAGAGGAAGUAACGGAAAUAAAGGAAUUAGAUAUUGAUAUCCUUGAAAAGUCUAAAGAAAAAUAUAAUCAAAUGAAGGAUGACUAA